GGAAGGAGGACAAGACGGUGGAUCUUCUCCUCUGUGGCCGCCGCCGCCCGUUGGGAUCAGUUGAGAUUCUCUUGUGUGUCCGGCUCGUCUAUCCUAUCCUCUCCUCUCUCUCUACUCUACUCUCACUCCGCACUCUACACGUGUCACAUAAAUAUCAUCGCCGCGCUUCUCCUCCUUCUCCUCCGUUCGGGACCCGCGUUGAUUUGACCCCCUCCGCACCGCUGCUCCUGCUCCAGCUGAUACCCUGAACUGGUUGGGUUGGGUUAGUAGAGAGACGGAAAUGAUGUCGAUUGCCGAGACUCGACAACAGUCCAAGUGAACUCUCGCAUCAUACCGGCAGUUGUAGUGCAGCUGGGCGCUAAUUAAAAGCGGAAAUCCCAAAGACAACUUUUCAUCAAUGCCGCCAGCAACGCCACCAACUUGGACCAAUUGAAAACGAUCAAAGAAAAUAAAAAGAAGAAGAAGAAAAUAAAAAGAGGAACGACGUCGGUAAAGAAGAAAAGAAAAACGAGGGGGGAGAAAAGAAAUCAAACGAAAGUGGUUGGCUUCGUACUGGGCCAUCAACCGGUUCGCAUCGAUCCGGCGGCAAACAACAACAACAACAACAACUCGACUCUUAUUGGUCGCCUGAUUCCUUCUUCAAGUGCAGCGAUGAUACCCGAGACGACGACACUUCACGGCGGAGGCGGAGGCGACGCCGACGGACGCCCCGUGGUCAUCGGAGAAGGGCCUCAACAUCGGCACAAGAACAAACAAGCCCGCGAAUUUGAAUUCGUUUUCGGAUCUGAGGAUAGCGACACGGGGAUCGGCGUGUGCGGAUGGAUCCUGACCAUCAUCUGCUGGCUCCUCGUCCUCGUCACCAUGCCCUUCUCCUUCUUCAUUUGCUUCAAAGUGGUGCAGGAAUACGAACGGGCCGUCAUUUUCCGACUGGGACGUCUCCUCUCCGGCGGUGCAAAGGGUCCCGGAAUUUUCUUCAUCCUGCCGUGCAUCGAGACUUACACCAAAGUGGAUUUGCGCACGGGAGUCUUUGACAUUCCGCCCCAAGAGGUGUUGACCAAGGACAGCGUGACCGUGUCGGUGGACGCCGUCGUUUACUUUCGCGUGUCGAACGCGACCGUGUCGGUGGCCAACGUGGAAAACGCCCAUCACUCGACUCGCCUCCUGGCCCAGACGACGUUGCGCAACAUUCUCGGCACUAAAGACCUGCACGAGAUUUUGGGCGACCGUGAAACCAUUUCGGGAUCCAUGCAGGCCGCGCUGGACGAGGCGACCGAAUCGUGGGGCAUCAAAGUCGAACGUGUCGAAAUAAAGGACGUGCGUUUGCCGGUGCAGUUACAACGGGCGAUGGCGGCCGAGGCGGAGGCGUCGCGUGAGGCACGAGCCAAAGUCAUCGCCGCUGAGGGAGAAUUCAAGGCCUCCACUGCUCUCAAGGAAGCCUCGAUGGUGAUUGCUCAAUCGCCGGCCGCUCUCCAAUUGCGAUACCUUCAGACUCUGAGCACCAUCUCGGCCGAGAAGAAUUCGACCAUCAUUUUCCCGCUGCCCAUCGAUUUCCUGACCCAAUUUAUGAGAUAAAUCAUCGGCUGAAAAGCGGGAAAAACAACAACACAUUUAAAAGCGGCCAACAACGGCGGAAGAUGCGGAUGGAAUAUGAAA